CAAAACUAGCGUAGUGAUCUUUCAUUGGUCAAAGCUAAUGCCAAUCAAAUCCAAACUUCAUCAACAACACAGAGGUCGGUCUUGGGAGGAGCAUUCGUGAAUUCUGAAAUUUUGUAGGUAGCUUGAUGAACGUUUAUGAGAUGCAAAGACAUUGGGCACUGUUCGGGAAAUGUAUUGUGUUUCAUUGACAAUGGUUUUGAAUAUGUCAAUUUAACGCAUUGAUAUUGCCCUUGGCCUUGGUGGCUAGCAAGCUAGCUAGCAAGCAAGCUUCUUCAACGUCUGCGAGACUGGCGCUUGCUGCUGAUGACAAGAAAGGGCAUCGUGGCCUGACACAACAAUCCGACUGUCUCGGGACUUCAAUUUGAAUUUGUUGCAACCAUGAAGUUCACGCAAUUUUUGCUAAGGAACAGCUCCAUACCUAAACAAGCACUAGUGGAUAGGUUUUCCAAGUUCUCACCAUCGCCGCUGUCAAUGAAGCAAUUCAUAGACUUUGGUAAGUUUUCAUCCCUGUCCUGUCAUAAUAACACGGCUAAACAAUAAUACUGUCCACGUUAAUUCUGAAUCCAUAGCACAACAAGUACCACUUGUUGCAUUAUCAAAGUAGCUAGAAUGUUUGUUGUGGUGCAUUGACCGCUGUCACUGACCAGUAUACUGUACUGUAUGUGCUCCCUGAUCACAGAGGAACUCUCUGCUGAAGCUUUGACAAACAUACUUUCAGCUCUAUUCUUCCUUAUCAUGUUACUGCUGUAUAUGGAUGUAGCUACCUAACCAGACUGUGAUUACCAUUGUAUUUCCCUUCUCCUGUCCUGACGCCUGAAAUUAGAGAAUGACUGCAAUACAGUAGUUCAAAAUGUACAGACUUCGAUAUUGUAUCAAAUCCCUAAUGAUAGGAUACUUCACUGGGAUGGUUUGGAAUACAGCAAGGGGAAAUAAAUACCCGGUUCAUCCUUUACUCUUAGAUAGCACUUGACCCAUGUUCUCGGGUGAAAACAUGACAUAAUACUGCUGCCAGAACAAACCAAUCAAUCAAUCAAUCAAUUUUAUUUUAUAUAGCCCUUCGUACAUCAGCUAAUAUCUCGAAGUGCUGUACAGAAACCCAGCCUAAAACCCCAAACAGCUAGUAAUGCAGGUGUAGAAGCACGUCGGUGGCUAGGAAAAACUCCCUAGAAAGGCCAAAACCUAGGAAGAAACCUAGAGAGGAACCAGGCUAUGAGGGUUGGCCAGUCCUCUUCUGGCUGUGCCGGGUGGAGGUUAUAACAGAACCAUGCCAAGAUGUUCAAAAAUGUUCAUAAGUGACAAGCAUGGUCAAAUAAUAAUCAGGAAUAAAUCUCAGUUGGCUUUUCAUAGCCGAUCAUUAAGAGUUGAAAACAGCAGGUCUGGGACAGGUAGGGGUUCCAUAACCGCAGGCAGAACAGUUGAAACUGGAAUAGCAGCAAGGCCAGGCGGACUGGGGACAGCAAGGAGUCACCACGGCCGGUAGUCCCGACGUAUGGUCCUAGGGCUCAGGUCUCUCAGUUGGCUUUUCAUAGCCGAUCAUUAAGAGUUGAAAACAGCAGGUCUGGGACAGGUAGGGGUUUCGUAACCGCAGGCAGAACAGUUGAAACUGGAAUAGCAGCAAGGCCAGGCGGACUGGGGACAGCAAGGUGUCAGCAUGCCCGGUAGUCCUGACGUAUGGUCCUAGGGCUCAGGUUCUCAGAGAGAAAGAGAGAACGAGAGAAUUAGAGAGAGCAUACUUAAAUUCACACAGGACACUGGAUAAGACAGGAGAAGUACUCCAGGUAUAACCAACUAACCCCAGCCCCCCGACACAUAAACUACUGCAGCAUAAAUACUGGAGGCUGAGACAGGAGCGGUCCGGAGACACUGUGGCCCCAUCCGAAGAAACCCCCGGACAGGGCCAAACAGGAAGGAUAUAACCCCACCCACUCUGCCAAAGCACAGCCCCCGCACCACUAGAGGGAUAUCCUCAACCACCAACUUACAAUCCUGAGACAAGGCCGAGUAUAGCCCACAGAGGUCUCCACCACAGCACAAACCAAGGGGGGGCGCCAACCCAGACAGGAAGAUCACGUCAGUAACUCAACCCACUCAAGUGACGCACCCCUCCUAGGGACGGCAUGAAAGAGCACCAGCAAGCCAGUGACUCAGCUCCUGUAACAGGGUUAGAGGCAGAGAACCCCAGUGGAGAGAGGGGAACCGGCCUGGCAGAGACAGCAAGGGCUGUUCGUUGCUCCAGAGCCUUUCCGUUCACCUUCACACUCCUGGGCCAGACUACACUCAAUCAUAUGACCUACUGAAGAGAUAAGUCUUCAGUAAAGACUUAAAGGUUGAGACCGAGUCUGCGUCUCUCACAUGGGUAGGCAGACUGUUCCAUAAAAAUGGAGAUCUAUAGGAGAAAGCCCUGCCUCCCGCUGUUUGCUUAGAAAUUCUAGGGACAAUUAGGAGGCCUGCGUCUUGUGACCGUAGCGUACGUAUUGGUAUGUACGGCAGGACCAACUUGGAAAGAUAGGUAGGAGCAAGCCCAUGUAACGCUUUAUAGGUUAACAGUAAAACCUUGAAAUCAGCCCUUGCCUUAACAGGAAGCCAGUGUAGGGAAGCUAGCACUGGAGUAAUAUGAUCAAAUUUCUUGGUUCUAGUCAGGAUUCUAGCAGCCGUAUUUAGCACUAACUGAAGUUUAUUUAGUGCUUUAUCCGGGUAGCCGGAAAAUAGAGCAUUGCAGUAGUCUAACCUAGAAGUAACAAAUGCAUGGAUUAAUUUUUCUGCAUCAUUUUUGGACAGAAAAUUUCUGAUUUUUGCAAUGUUACGUAGAUGGAAAAAAGCUGUCCUUGAAACAGUCUUGAUAUGUUCGUCAAAAGAGAGAUCAGGGUCAAGAGUAACGCCGAGGUCCUUCACAGUUUUAUUUGAGACGACUUUACAACCAUCAAGAUGAAUUGUCAGAUUUAACAGAAGAUCUCUUUGUUUCUUGGGACCUAGAACAAGCAUCUCUGUUUUGUCCGAGUUUAAAAGUAAAAAGUUUUCAGCCAUCCACUUCCUUAUGUCUGAAACACAGGCUUCUAGCGAGGGCAAUUUUGGGGCUUCACCAUGUUUCAUUGAAAUGUACAGCUGUGUGUCAUCCGCAUAGCAGUGAAAGUUAACAUUAUGUUUUCGAAUAACAUCCCCAAGAGGUAAAAUAUAUAGUGAAAACAAUAGUGGUCCUAAAACGGAACCUUGAGGAACACCGAAAUGUACAGUUGAUUUGUCGGAGGACAGACCAUUCACAGAGACAAACUGAUAUCUUUCCGACAGGUAAGAUCUAAACCAGGCCAGAACUUGUCCGUGUAGACCAAUUUGGGUUCAAGGUCUUCACCAGUUCAAGGUCUUCACAUUGUCUUAAACAUUUACACAACAGUGCAUGUACUGUAUGACCUCCUUUCUUGUGAUUUUCAGUUAGUAGCCUAUCCCUGGGACUGAAACAGGGAGGGACUACCUGAACUGGUCCAAUGAGAAACCAACGCUUGUUUUCCAUUUGAUAAUGUUUUGCUAUGGUGUACCCACAAUGAAUACAACCCAGAUGUGUCCUGUGUGUGUCAUGUGACUGCAGGCUCGGCCAAUGCCUGUGAGAAGACGUCCUUUGUGUUCCUGCGUCAGGAGCUUCCUGUCCGGCUGGCCAACAUCAUGAAGGAGAUUGACUUCCUCCCUGACAAGCUUCUCAGCACCCCCUCACUACAGCUGCUACAGAGCUGGUACAGUAAUGUUAUAACACCCCUCACUACAGCUGCUACAGAGCUGGUACAGUAAUGUUAUAACACCCCUCACUACAGCUGCUACAGUAAUGUUAUAACACCCCUCACUACAGCUGCUACAGAGCUGGUACAGUAAUGUUAUAACACCCCUCACUACAGCUGCUACAGUAAUGUUAUAACACCCCUCACUACAGCUGGUACAGAGCUGGUACAGUAAUGUUAUAACACCCCUCACUACAGCUGGUACAGUAAUGUUAUAACACCCCUCACUACAGCUGGUACAGUAAUGUUAUAACACCCCUCACUACAGCUGGUACAGUAAUGUUAUAACACCCCUCACUACAGCUGGUACAGUAAUGUUAUAACACCCCUCACUACAGCUGCUACAGUAAUGUUAUAACAUAGGAAAUAGGUGCCAGUACUCAUUUUGGGUGCCAGUACAGUUUUUAUUUAGGUGAUGGAACUCCACAAUACUUUUGAGCUAAUAUUCUUUAAGAGGUGCAGGAACUCAAGCCGUAGAACAUUUUGAGGUUCCGGUGAGCUUCUUCCCAAUUCAAGCACUGCUCUCUGCACUAGUCUGAAAUAUAUAUGAUAAAUGUCUUAUCUUGAACAGCCAUAUACUGUAGGUGAUAUUGCCUAUUCCAACAGACUCUAUAGGAUGUUAUUAUCCUGCCGACCACAACCAUGCGUAGACUAUCUUACUGUACUGCCCCAGUGAGAGGUAUGGGUGUAUGGCCUGCAGCCUACAUGGCAGGGUUGCCAGCUGUCUCAAAUCUCUGUCUGUCAAGUAGGCUGCAAACGUGUACAGAGAGACAAUGUGGCCUGGAACAUUGUCAUGUGUCAUCACAUUGGAACAGGAGGCUGUGUGAGACAGGAUCAUCAGAAGUGUAGCCGCCAUGAACAAUUGUGGACUACAAUGUGCAUCAAGUCUGUAUUAGUGAGUGAGUGACAGUCAUAGAGGUAUUUGUCGUUUGGUAAAUGGAGUUGAUUGCUGAGUGCUAGUGAUAUCUAUGAUAUGUUACUUCACCACUUUUGAGAAAUGAUUUUGGCUAUUUCCUAGUUGGGUAAAACCAUCAGCUAGCUAUUAUGUAAUGUCAGGUCAAGUACAGCAUAGUUGAACCUCUGAAAUAGGGCAAUAACUUAUCGUUAGUCCCAAAUGGCACCCUAUUCCCUACAUAGUGCACUACUUUUGACCGUUGCCCUAUGGGCCCUUGUCAAAAGUAGUGCACUAUAUUGGGAAUAGGGUAACAUUUGGGACACUGACGCUGUGAUAGGUGACCAGUACAGAACGCUACUGUAUGUGCUGGCGUUAUUGGAAAUGUAAUGGUACGGCAGAUAUAUAUUUAUAAACUGGGUCUAAAUGUAGCUGUCCACGUCAUCACUACUCUAUUGAGGCUACUUUUCAUAUCCAGAUUAGGCUGUGGGUUUUUCCAUAGGCCUAUCUCCAGUCACAAGUAUCCCUAGUUAUUAUGGCAUGUAUAAACACACCCUGUGGUUUCCAUGGUCACCACAAGAGAGUCAGAGUCAGUUCCCAAAUAGAAUUCUGAGAUUUUCAAUGGUGGAACUCCAGGAGUCAACGAGGAACGGAACAGUCAACGCGGAACGGAACAGUCAACGCGGAACGGAACAGUCAACGCGGAACGGAACAGUCAACGAGGAACGGAACAGUCAAAAGUGAUUAGCUGAAGGAAAUAAGUGAUCUUUGCCCUGGUUUCUGGCUUCUAUUGGCCAUAUUCUCAUGGCAGAAUUCACUGAAGACCUUUAUUUCGGCCCCUCUUUGGAAGCAACUUUAAAGGUGUAUUGAAGCAUUCAUAUAACCGUUAUUAUGCCUGUAGAUACUUCAGAAAUCAUUCAUUCAUAAGCAAAUGUCAUGCUACACUCCCAAGCACUUUGCUUAUAAAUGCUUAAUGAAUGCUCUAUCAAAUCAAAUGUAUUUAUAAAGCCCUUUUUACAUCAGCAGAUGUCACAAAGUGCUAUACAGGAAACCAGCAUAAAACCCCAAACAGCAAGCAAUGCAUAUGUAGAAGCACGGUGGCUAGGAAAAACCCCUAGAAAGGCAGGAACCUAGAUAGAAACCUAGAGAGGAACCAGGCUCUGAGGGGUGGCCAGUCCUCUUCUGGCUGUGUCGGGUGGAGAUUAUAAGAGUACAUGGCCAUUAAAGGCCAAAUUGUUCUUCAAGAUGUUCAAAUGUUCAUAGAUGACCAGCAGGGUCAAAUAAUAAUCACAGUGGUUGUAGAGGGUGCAACAGGUCAGUACCUCAGGAAUAAAUGUCAGUUGGCUUUUCAUAGCCGAGCAUUCAGAGGUGAGACAGCAGGUGCAGGGGAGAGAGAGUGAGGGAGAGAGAGCGAGAGUUGAAAACGGCAGCUCUGGGACAAGGUAGCACGUCCGGUGAACAGGUCAGGAUUCCAUAGUCGCAGGCAGAACAGUUGAAGCUGGAGCAGCAGCACGACCAGGUGGACUGGGGACAGCCUGGAGUCAUCAGGCCAGUUAGUCCUGAGGCAUAAUCCUAGGCCUCAGGUCCUCCGGGAGGGGAGGGAGAGAGGGAGAGAAUUAGAGGGAGCAUUCUUCAAUUCACACAGGACACCAGAUAAGACAGGAGAAUUACACCAGAUAUAACAGACUGACCCUAGUCCCCCGGCACAUAGACUAUUGCGGCAUACAGUGCAUUCGGAAAGUAUUCAGACUCUUUCACUUUUUCCACAUUUUGUUACGUUACAGCCUUAUUCUGAAAUUGAUUAAAUUAAAUGUUUUCCUCAUCAAUCUACACACAAUACCCCAUAAUGACAAAGUGAAAACAGGUUUUUGGAAAUGUUUGCAAAUUUAUAAAAAAUAAAAAACAGAAAUACCUUAUUUACAUAAGUAUUCAGACCCUUUCCUAUGAGACUCGAAAUUGACCUAAGGUGCAUCCUGUUUCCAUUGAUCAUCCUUGAGAUGUUUUGGAAAGGCACACACCUGUCUAUAUAAGGUCCCACAGUUGAUAGUGCAUGUCAGAGCAAAAACCAUGCCAUGAGGUUGAAGGACUAUCCGUAGAGCUCAGAGACAGGAUUGUGUCGACGCACAGAUCUGGGGAAGGGUACCAAAACAUGUCUGCAGCAUUGAAGGUCCCCAAGAACACAGUGGCCUCCAUCAUUCUUAAAUGGAAGAAGUUUGAAACCACCAGACUCUUCCUAGAGCUGGCCGCCCGGCCAAACUGAGCAAUCGGGGGAGAAGGGCCUUGGUCAUGGAGGUGACCAAGAACCCGAUGGUCACUCUGACAGAGUUCUAGAGUUCCUCUGUGGAGAUGGGAGAACCUUCCAGAAGGACAACCAUCUCUGCAGCACUCCACCAAUCAGGCCUUUAUAGUAGAGUGGCCAGAUGGAAGCCACUCCUCAGUGAAAGGCACAUGACAGCCCGCUUGGAGUUUGCCAAAAGGAACCUACAGCUACAAAAGGACUCUCAGACCAUGAGAAACAAGAUUCUCUGGUCUGAUGAAACCAAGAUUGAACUCUUUGGCCUGAAUGCUAAGUGUCACGUCUGGAGGAAACCAGGCACCGUUCAUCACCUUGCCAAUACCAUCCCUACGGUGAAGCAUGGUGAUGGCAGCAUCAUGCUGUGGGGAUGUUUUUCAGCGGCAAGGACUGGGAGACUAGUCAGGAUCAAGAGAAAGAUGAACAGAGAGAUCCUUGAUGAGAGAUCCUUGAUGAAAACCUGCUCCAGAGCACUCAGAACCUCAGACUAGGGCUAAGAUUCACUUUCCAACAGGACAAUGACCCUAAGCACACAGCCAAGACAAUGCAGGAGUGGCUGCGGUACAAGUCUCUGAAUGUCCUUGAGUUGUCCAGCCAGAGCCCGGACUGGAGAGACCUAAAAAUAGCUGUGCAGCGACACACCCCAUCCAACCUGACAGAGCUUGAGAGGAUAUGCAAAGAAGAAUGGGAGAAACUCCCCAAAUACAGGUGUGCGAAGCUUGUAGCGUCAUACCCAAAAAGUCUCAAGGCUGUAAUUGCUGCCAAAGGUGCUUCAACAAAGUACUGAGUAAAGUGUCUGAAUACUUAUGUAAAUGUGAUAUUUCAGUUUUUUAUUUGUAAUACAUUUGCAAACAUUUCUAAAAACCUGUCUUUGCUUUGUCAUUAUGGGGUAUUGUGUAUAGAUUUGAUGAGGGAAAAAACACAAUUUAAUCCAUUUUAGAAUAAGGCUGUAACCUCCCGAGUGGUGCAGUGGUCUAAGGCACUGCAUCACAGUGCUAGCUGUGCCACUAGAGAUCCUGGUUCGAAUCCAGGCUCUGUCGUAGCCGGCCGCGACCGGGAGACCCAUGGGGCGGCGCACAAUUGGCCCAGCGUCGUCCAGGGUAGGGGAGGGAAUGGCCGGCAGGGAUGUAGCUCAGUUGGUAGAGCAUGGCGUUUGCAACGCCAGGGUUGUGGGUUCGUUUCCCACGGGGGGCCAGUAUGAAAAAAUUAAAAUAAAAUAAUGUAAUAAGUCGCUCUGGAUAAGAGCGUCUGCUAAAUGACAAAAAAUAAUAAUAAUAAUAACAAAUAAAAAGACAAAAAAAUAUAUAAACAAAAAAACGUAUCAAAAUGUGGAAAAAGUCAAGGGGUCUGAAUACUUUUCGAAUGCACUCUAGAUACUGGAGGCUGCUUUAAGAAUACUAUGUAUGAACGCUCUAUAAAGCCUUUAUGAAUGAUGCAUUAUUUUUCCCCUGUGUAAACUAACCAGUCUUCUGUGUUGUAUUCCUACAGGUAUGCAACAAGUCUCAUGGAGCUAGUGGGCUUCCUGGAGGAAGAGCCCAAUGAUAAAAAGAUCCUGAAGAAGUAAGUCAAUUACACACACAUCCAGUAGAUGGGUAGUAGCCUUGUCUUGCUACUGUUCAGCACAUCUCAUUAGAUAACUGAGUCAUAGUUAAUUCAUUCAAAUAUAUUAUUUCUCUAAGCUCGGCCUAUUAAUAGCUACUUUCUUUAACUGAAUAAUGGAUUGAUUAUGAUCUGUAAUCUUAAUCUGAAAUGGAAUGUGAUCUGAUGGAUAAAGGCUUCCACCAUACCUCUGGCUCUCUUUACUGCAUACAGAAUAGAAUGAUUUCCAAGCUUUUGCAAAAUAUGGUUUUGAGCUGGUAGGAACCUUGCAGUGUCAGUGAAUGAAUGGAUGAACGGAUGGAUGAAUGAAUUAAGGUUGACAUCUAUCCACCCAGCUACAUACCUUAGGUUCCUUUUAUGGUAGGUGUUGGAAUGUGCUGAGUUGUGAACUUAAGACCCAGCCUUAAAAAACCUUUCCUCUCCCCUCUCCUGUCUCCCCUCAGGUUCACUGAGACGCUGGUGAACAUCAGGAACCGCCACAACAACGUGGUCCCCACCAUGGCACAGGGCGUGGUGGAGUACAAGGAGGCCUUCGGCUCCGACCCCGUGACCAAUCAGAACAUCCAGUACUUCCUGGAUCGCUUCUACAUGAGCCGCAUCUCCACACGCAUGAUCAUGAACCAGCACUGUCAGUAUACUGUACUAAAUAUACACUGAGUGUACAAAACAUUCAAACCGGUGCGCCAUGCACCUACUACCAUACCCUGUUCAAAGGCACUUAACUAUUUUGUCUUGCCCAUUGUCGUAGAAAUGUUAGUACUGAGAGAGGCUUAGACAACUAUUCAAUCAAUCAUCUUUAUUUAACAUCGAUUAAUUAUUGCAAUAAUGAAGCCGUCGACCGCACACUCUGAAUGUGUGUUGCCGAGAGCUUAACUAAUAAUGAAAACACAGAAAUGCUUAGUCAUGGCUGGUUCCACCCCUUCCAUGCAGAUUGGGGGCACUAUAAGCCACUUUGGGUUCAUCUCCUGGUCGUCUGCCUCUGGUGUUAUUUUUAACCCCACCUCGUCUUAGUUUCCCAGAUGCCAGGAUAAUUAGGAAUACUGAGGCCCAGAUGCCAGGAUAAUUAGGAAUACUGAGGCCCAGAUGCCAGGAUAAUUAGGAAUACUGAGGCCCAGAUGCCAGGAUAAUUAGGAAUACUGAGGCCCAGAUGCCAGGAUAAUUAGGAAUACUGAGGCCCAGAUGCCAGGAUAAUUAGGAAUACUGAGGCCCAGAUGCCAGGAUAAUUAGGAAUACUGAGGCCCAGAUGCCAGGUUAAUUAGGAAUACUGAGGCCCAGAUGCCAGGAUAAUUAGGAAUACUGAGGCCCAGAUGCCAGGAUAAUUAGGAAUACUGAGGCCCAGAUGCCAGGAUAAUUAGGAAUACUGAGGCCCAGAUGCCAGGUUAAUUAGGAAUACUGAGGCCCAGAUGCCAGGAUAAUUAGGAAUACUGAGGCCCAGAUGCCAGGAUAAUUAGGAAUACUGAGGCCCAGAUGCCAGGAUAAUUAGGAAUACUGAGGCCCAGAUGCCAGGAUAAUUAGGGAUACUGAGGCCCAGAUGCCAGGAUAAUUAGGAAUACUGAGGCCCAGAUUCCAGGAUAAUUAGGAAUACUGAGGCGUUUGUUCAGUUCCUCCAGGCUCUCUCUGUAGCUCAGCUGGUAGAGCACAGCGCUUGUAACGUCAUGGUAGUGGGUUCGAUCCCCGGGACCACCCAUACACAAAAAAUGUAUGCACGCAUGACUGUAAGUCGCUUUAAGUAAAAGCGUCUGCUAAAUGGCAUAUUAUUAUUAUUAUUAUUAUUAUUAUUAUUAUUAUUAUCUGGUUAAACAUACACCACAUCUUGUCUAUGGGAUGUAGGCUGUAAAUCAAUUGUCAGCAGAAGCUAUCUCUAGUGACCAUAUGCCCAGAUUAGCUGCAGGGAGUUAGAGUGGAGACCAUGAAACACAGCAUUAGUAGAACAGACAUGUCUUACUGUUUGUUAAGUAAAUCAUUGUUAAAUAUCCAACAAAUCAGGUAAAUGCUGUCACACCAUUCACCCUCUGAAUGGCACACAUACGCAAUCCAUGCCUCAAUUGUCUCAAGGCUUAAAAAUCCUUCUUUAACCUGUCUCCUCCCCUUCAUCUACACUGAUUGAAGUGGAUUUAACAAGUGGCAUCAAUAAGAGAUCAUAGCUUUCACCUGGUCAGUCUAUGUCAUGGAAAGAGCAGGUGUUCUUAAUGUUUUGUACACUCAGUGUAUACCAUACUACUAUAAUAGUGUAUUAAUAUACAGUGCAUUCGGAAAGUAUUCAGACCCCUUGCCUUUUACAGCCUUAUUCUAAAAAUGGAUUUCAAAAAUGUUUCCCUUCAUCAAUCUACACACAAUACCCCAUAAUGACAAAGCAAAAACAGGUUUUAAAAGAAAAUAUGGAAAUAACACAUUUACAUAAAUAUUGAGACCCUUUACUCAGUACUUUUUUUGAAGCACCUUUGGCAGCGAUUACAGCCUUGAGUCUUCUUGGGUAUGACACUACAAGCUUGGCACACCUGUAUUUGGGGAGUUUCUUCCAUUCUUCUCUGCAGAUCCUCUCAAGCUCUGUCAGGUUGGAUGGGGAGCGUCGCGGCACAGCUAUUUUCAGGUCUCUCCAGAGAUGUUCGAUCGGGUUCAAGUCCGGGCUCUGGCUGGGCCACUCAAGGACAUUCAGAGACUUGUCCCGAAGCCACUCCUGCGUUGUCUUAGCUGUGUGCUUAGGGUUGUUGUCCUGUUGGAAGGUGAACCUUCGCCCCAGUCUGAGGUCCUAAGCGCCUAAUACUUUUCAUCAAGUAUCUCUCUGUACUUUGCUCCGUUAAUCUUUCCCUCGAUCCUGACUAGUCUCCCAGUCCCUGCCGCUGAAAAACAUCCCCACAGCAUGAUGCUGCCACCACCUUGCUUCACCAUAGGGAUGGUGCCUGGUUUCCUCCAUACGUAAUGCUUGGCAUUCAGGCCAAAGAGUUAAAUCUUGUUUUCAUCAGACCAGAGAAUCUUGUUUCUCAUGGUCUGAGAGUCCUUUAGGUGCCUUUUGGCAAACUCCAAGCGGGCUGUUGUGCCGUUUACUGAGGAGUAGCUUCCGUCUGGUCACUCUACCAUAAAGGCCUGAUUGGUGGAGUGCUGCAGAGAUGGCUGUCCUUCUGGAAGGUUCUCCCAUCUCCUCUGGAGCUCUGUCAGAGUGACCAUCGGGCUCCUGGUCACCUCCCUGACCAAGGCCCUUUUCCCCCAAUUGCUCAGUUUGGCCGGGCGGCCAGCUCUAGGAAGAGUCUUGGUGGUUCCAAACUUCUUCCAUUUAAGAAUGAUGGAGGCCACUAUGUUCUUGGGGACCUUCAAUUCUGGUACCCUUCCCCAGAUCUGUGCCUCGACACAAUCCUGUCUCGGAUCUCAUACCAUACGUAAAAAUGUAUGCACACAUGACUGUAAGUCGCUUUGGAUAAAAGCGUCUGCUAAAUGGCAUAUUAUUAUUAUUAUUAUUAUUAUUAUUAUUAUUAUCUCUACGGACAAUUCCUUCGACCUCAUGGCUUGAUUUUUGCUCUGACAUGCACUGUCAACUGUGGGACCUUAUAUAGACAGGUGUGUGCCUUUCCAAAUCAUGUCCAAUCAAUUGAAUUUACCACAGGUGGACUCCAAGUUGUAGAAACAUCUCAAGGAUGAUCAAUGGUAACAGGAUGCACCUGAGAUCAAUUUCGAGUCUCAUAGCAAAGGGUCUGAAUACUUAUGUAAAUAUGUUUUAUUUUUAAUACAUUUGCAAACAUUUCUAAAAAGCUGUUUUCUCUUUGUCAUGAUGGGGUAUUGUUUGUAGAUUGAUGAGGAACAUACAUUUUUUUAAACAAAAAAGUGGAAAAUGUCAAGGGGUCUGAAUACUUUCCGAAUGCACUGUAUACCAUACUCAAAUGUACCAUUGUGACGUGUGUUUGAAUCGGCAUUCAGGUGUAGUUACCACAUGAGUCUCAUGUACCUCUUCAGCUCUCAUCUUUGAUGGAAGUGCCAACCCCGCCCAUCCCAAACACAUUGGCACCAUCGACCCAGACUGCGACGUGACGGAGGUGGUAAAAGGUACUGUCCCUCAUCAGCUACACCAUGCCACACAAACACACACUAUACAUAGUCCCUAGAUAACAAGCUUGAUUUACAGGCGCAGUCUCAUCAUCUUUCCCACUACUACAGGAGGGGGUUGUUUGAACAAUUUCAGGACAGUUUGUCCUUUUUCACUUGCCUGAUGACUCAUCCUGAUUUUAAUUCCUCUGCUCUAUCGAUCGCUCCAAAUGUCAGUCUGAACAUGUCAUCUUAGAAGUCGUUUGAAAAAUGUAUGCACUCACUAACUGUAAGUCGCUCUGGAUAAGAGCAUCUGCUAAAAUGACAAAAAAUGUAACAAAAAAAAUGUUUGCGCUGACAUCAAAAUAACGUGAUUCAUGAUUCAUGUAGGCCGGCUCUGGCCCAACCCAUCAGUUUCUGGGACCAAUCAGAACGGUUUGAAUGUGUUUGCAUUCUAGAUGUUGCCGAAGAGGGAGGCAAAUCCAGACUCCUCUUGGAGAAUAAACUUUAGUGGGCGUGACGUUGGGCCGAGGCGAUGUGGAUUGGUAGCCAGGCAACCUUUUCACCUUGAGAUCUGCACAGAAUAUUAUUCAUUCUCCUGUAAAUGUAAAGGCAAUAGAAGACGUGUAAAUGGAGACAGAGACAGACGGUUCUCCACCUAUCCCUAUUGCUACGUCCUUUUGUCUAGUUAGUUUAGUCUUCUACUAUUAUAGCGGUUACUCCCAAGUGGCACAGUCUCAUCAACUGUGCCACUAGAGAUCCUGGUUCGAAUCCAGGCCCAUGGGGCGGCGCACAAUUGUCCCAGCGUCGUCCAGGGUAGGGGAGGGAAUGGCCGGCAGGGAUGUAGCUCAGUUGGUAGAGCAUGGCGUUUGCAACGCCAGGGUUGUGGGUUUGAUAAAUAAAAAUAAUGUAUGCACUCACUAACUGUAAGUCGCUCUGGAUAAGAGCGUCUGCUAAAUGACUAAAAUGUAAAUGUUAUUACAUUUAUAUUUAGUUGUUAUGGUAACUAGAUUGAAUGUCAGUGUGCUACAGUCCUUGUCUUGUUUCGUCUGUCUGUUCCCAGAUGCCUUUGAUAGCUCCAAGAUGCUCUGUGAGCAAUACUACCUGACCUCACCAGAGAUUGACAUCACACAAGUCAACGGUAAAUCACAUUCUAUACAGGGUUACAGACCUGGGUUCAGGUAGAAUUUGUUUUCCUUCAAAUACUUUAGCUGAACUUGAUUGAGCUAGCUGCGCUUGUUUUUUCAAAUUUAUUUAUUUUUUAUUAUUUUUUAUUCCACCUUUAUUUAACCAGGUAAGCCAGUUGAGAACAAGUUCUCAUUUACAACUGCGACCUGGCCAAGAUAAAGCAAAGCAGUGCGAUAAAAACAACAACAACACAGAGUUACAUAUGGAAUAAACAAAAACGUACAGUCAAUAACACAAUAGAAAAAUAGAAAAUCUAUAUACAGUGUGUGCAAAUGUAGUAAGUUAUGGAGGUAAGGCAAUAAAUAGGCCAUAGUGCAAAAUAAUUACAAUUUAGUAUUAACACUGGAGUGAUAGAUGUGCAGAAGAUGAUGUGCAAAUAGAGAUACUGGGGUGCAAAUGAGCAAAAUAAAUAACAAUGUAAAUAGCAAUAUGGGGAUGAGGAUGGGCUAAUUUCAGAUGGGCUGUGUACAGGUGCAGUGAUCGGUAAGCUGCUCUGACAACUGACGCUUAAAGUUAAUGAGGGAGAUAAGUGUCUCCAGCUUCAGAGAUUUUUGUAGUUCGUUCCAGUCAUUUGCAGCAGAGAACUGGAAGGAAUGGCGGCCAAAGGAGGUGUUGGCUUUGGGGAUGACCAGUGAGAUAUACCUGCUGGAACGCAUACUACGGGUGGGUGUAGCUAUGGUGACCAAUGAGCUAAGAUAAGGCAGGGAUUUGCCUAGAAGUGAUUUAUAGAUGACCUGGAGCCAGUGGGUUUGGCGACGAAUAUGUAGUGAGGGCCAGCCAACGAGAGCGUACAGGUCACAAUGGUGGGUAGUAUAUGGGGCUUUGGUGACAAAACGAAUGGCACUGUGGUAGACUACAUCCAAUUUGCUGAGUUGAGUGUUGGAAGCUAUUUUGUAAAUGACAUCGCCGAAGUCAAGGAUCGGUAGGAUAGUCAGUUUUACGAGGGCAUGUUUGGCAGCAUGAGUGAAGGAGGCUUUGUUGCGAAAUAGGAAGCCGAUUCUAGAUUUAACUUUGGAUUGGAGAUGCUUAAUGUGAGUCUGGAAGGAGAGUUUACAGUCUAACCAGACACCUAGGUAUUUGUAGUUGUCCACAUAUUCUAAGUCAGACCCGCCGAGAGUAGUGAUUCUAGUCGGGCUGGCAGGUGCAAGCAGCGUUUGAUUGAAGAGCAUGCAUUUAGUUUUACUAGUGUUUAAGAGCAGUUGGAGACUACGGAAUGAGUGUUGUAUGGCAUUGAAGCUCGUUUGGAGGUUUGUUAACAGAGUUUCCAAUGAAGGGCCAGAUGUAUACAAAAUGGUGUCGUCUGCGUAGAGAUGGAUCUGAGAGUCACCAGCAGCAAGAGCGACAUCAUUGAUAUACACAGAGAAUAGAGUCGGCCCGAGAAUUGAACCCUGUGGCACCCCCAUAAAGACUGCCAGAGGUCCAGACAACAGGCCUUCCGAUUUGACACAUUGAACUCUAUCUGAAAAGUAGUUGGUGAACCAGGCGAGGCAGUCAGUUGAGAAACCAAGGCUAUUUAGUCUGCCAAUAAGAAUGCGGUGAUUGACAGAGUCAAAAGACUUGGCCAGGUCGAUGAAGACUGCUGCACAGUACUAUCUUUUAUCAAUCGCGGUUAUUAUAUCGUUUAGGACCUUGAGCGUGGCUGAGGUGCACCCAUGACCAGCUCGGAAACCAUAUUGCAUAGCGGAGAAGGUACGGUGGAAUUUGAAGUGGUCGGUGAUCUGUUUGUUAACUUGGCUUUCAAAUACUUUCGAAAGGCAGGGUAGGAUGGAUAUAGGUCUGUAACAGUUUGGAUCUAGAGUGUCACCCCCUUUGAAGAGGGGGAUGACCGCGGCAGCUUUCCAAUCUCUGGGGAUCUCCGACGAUACGAAAGAGAGGUUGAACAGGCUAGUAAUAGGGGUUGCGACAAUUUCGGCGGCUAAUUUUAGAAAGAAAGGAUCCAGAUUGUCUAGCACAGCUGAUUUGUAGGGGUCCAGAUUUUGCAGCUCUUUCAGGACAUCAGCUAUCUACAUUUGGGUGAAGGAGAAGCGAGGGGGGCAUGGGCAAGUUGCAGCGGAGGGUGCAGAGCUGGUGGCCGGGGUAAGGGUAGCCAGGUGGAAAGCAUGGCCAGCCAUAGCAAAAUGCUAAUUGAAAUUCUCGAUUAUUGUAGAUUUAUCGGUGGUGACAGUGUUUCCUAGCCUCAGUGCAGUGGGUAGCUGGGAGGAGUUGCUAUUAUUCUCCAUGGACUUUACAGUGUCCCAAAACUUUUUGGAGUUAGUGCUACAGGAUACAAAUUUCUGUUUGAAAAAGCUAGCCUUUGCUUUUUCUAAGAGCGUUGUGCCAGUAACCGAAAGGUCGUUGGUUCUAAUCCCCGAGCCGACUAGGUGAAAAAUCUGUCGAUGUGCCCUUGAGCAAGGCACUUAACCCUAAUUGCUCCUGUAAGUCACUCUGGAUUAGAGCGUCUGCUAAAUGACUCAAAUCUAAAAUGUAAAUGUUUCUAGUUCUCCUAUUUCCAAAAUAAUAAAAUUUGGUAAGCAAGUGGGUUUAGGCUAGGGGUUGGUUAAGAGCGUCGGGCCAGUAACCGAAAGGUCGCUGGUUUGAAUCCCCGAGCCGACUAGGUGAAAAGUAUUUCUGUGCACUUGAGCAAGGCACUUAACCCUAAUUGCUCCUGUAAGUCGCUCUGGAUAGGAGUGUCUGCUAAAUGACUAAAAUAUCAAUGUAAAAUGGUUUACAGAAACAAUCUGCAAGGUCAUAUUUGCAUUGUGAGUUGUUUGAGGUUUGGCUAGGUUUCAGUUGAGUUUAUUUGUCUGCGCAUGGGUUGGGUAUUCUUGAUCUCGCAUUCAAUUCCUUUGUCUACUCAAUUUGGGGCGCAAUUUGCUAAAUGUUUGUGGGCACAGGCUAGCCUGUGUGAGUGGUGUUCAGAGAUAUUUAUCUGAACCAUUUUUAGCGGUUAGCUAUGUUGCUUUAGCUCAUACAGUGUGCGUCUGUUUACUCAGCUAGGGUUGUCAGGAGUGAGACUGCUUACUCUCAGCUAGGGUUGUUAGGAGUGAGACUGCUUACUCUCAGCUAGGGUUGUUAGGAGUGAGACUGCUUACUCUCAGCUAGGGUUGUCAGGAGUGCGACUGCUUACUCUCAGCUAGGGUUGUCAGGAGUGAGACUGCUAUCUCUCAGCUAGGGUUGUCAGGAGUGAGACUGCUUUCUCUCAGCUAGGGUUGUCAGGAGUGAGACUGUUUAUUCUCAGCUAGGGUUGUCAGGAGUGAGACUGCUUUCUCUCAGCUAGGGUUGUCAGGAGUGAGACUGCUUACUCUCAGCUAGGGUUGUCAGGAGUGAGACUGCUAUCUCUCAGCUAGGGUUGUUAGGAGUGAGACUGCUUACUCUCAGCUAGGGUUGUCAGGAGUGCGACUGCUUACUCUCAGCUAGGGUUGUCAGGAGUGAGACUGCUAUCUCUCAGCUAGGGUUGUCAGGAGUGAGACUGCUUUCUCUCAGCUAGGGUUGUCAGGAGUGAGACUGUUUAUUCUCAGCUAGGGUUGUCAGGAGUGAGACUGUGUUUUCUGUAUCUGAGGCACACAGACUUUGAACCACAGGCAGCCAUGUAUACAGAGAACCAUUCAUUCAUACAUCUCACUUACAUAGAAGUGAAUAAAUAUUGAAUGUUUGUGUAAGUGUAGGUUAAAUGUGUGGUAUGAACAGGAUAAUAGACAAUAGCACCACUUCAAAAGUCUAACCAUGACAAAUGAUAAUCUUUGCUAAAACUAGAUCAAAUCCUGAUGUAAUUUGGUGCCCAACCAUUCAAAACAUGCCAGCCAUAAAAUAACAUUGGACUGCACAGUCUAGCCUACAGUACCAGUCAAAAGUUUGGACACACCUACUCAUUCAAGGGUUAUUCUUUAUUUGGACUAUUUUCUACAUUGUAGAAUAAUAGUGAAGACAUCAAAACUAUGAAAUAACACAUAUGGAAUCAUGUAGUAACCAAAAAUGAGUUAAACAAAUCAAAAUAUAUUUUAGAUUAUUCAAAGUAGCCACCCUUUGCCUUGAUGACAGCUUUGCACACUGUUGUCAUUCCCUCAACCAGCUUCAUGAGGUAGUCACCUGGAAUGCUUUUCCAACAGUCUUGAAGGAGUUCCCACAUAUGCUGAGCACUUGUUGGCUGCUUUUCCUUCACUCUGCCGUCCGACUCAUCCCAAACCAUCGCAAUUGGGUUGAGGUCGGGUGAUUUGUGGAGGCCAGGUCAUCUGAUGCAGCACUCCAUCACUCUCCUUCUUGGUCAAAUAGCCCUUACACAGCCUGGAGGUGUGUUUUGGGUCAUUGUCCUGUUGAAAAACAAAUGAUAGUCCCACUAAGCGCAAACCAGAUGGGAUGGCGUAUCGCUGCAGAAUGCUGUGGUAUCCAUGCUGGUUAAGUGUGCCUUGAAUUCUAAAUAAAUCACUGACAGUGUCACCAGCAAAGCACUCCCACACCAUCACACAUCCUCCUCCAUGUUCACGGUGUGAACCACACAUGCGGAGAUCAUCCGUUCACCAACUCUACGUCUCACAAAGACAUGGCGGUUGCAACCAAAAAUCUCAAAUUUGGACUCAGACCAAAGGACAGACUUCCACCAGUCUAAUGUCCAUUGCUUGUGUUUCUUGGCCCAAGCAAGUCUCUUCUUCUUAUUGGUGUCCUUUAGUAGUGGUUUCUUUGCAGCAAUUCAACCAUGAAGGCCUGAUUCACGCAGUCUCCUCUGAACAGUUGAUAUUGAGAUGUGUCUGUUACUUGAACUCUUUGAAGCAUUUAUUUGGGCUGCAAUCUGAGGUGCAGUUAAUUGCCGAUUUCUGAGACCGGUAACUCUAAUGAAUUUAUCCUCUGCAGCAGAGGUAACUUUGGGUCUUUCUUUUCUGUGGCGGUCCUCAUGAGAGCCAGUUUCAUCAUAGCGCUUGAUGGUUUUUGCGACUGCACAAAUGUUCCGUAUUGACUGACCUUCAUGUCUUAAAGUAAUGAUGGACUGUCGUUUGUCUUUGCUUAUUUGAGCUGUUCUUGCCAUAAUAUGGACUUAUAGGGCUAUCUUCUGUAUACCCCCCCUACCUUGUCACAACACAACUGAUUGGUUCAAACACAUUAAGAAGGAAAGAAAUUCCACAAAUUAACUUUUAAGAAGGCACACCUGUUAAUUGAAAUGCAUUCCAGGUGACUACCUCAUGAAGCUGGUUGAGAGAAUGCCAAGAGUGUGCAAAGCUGUCAUCAAGGCAAAGGGUGGCUACUUUGAAGAAACUUAAAUAUAAGAUAUAUUUUGAUUUCUUUAACACUGUUAUGGUUACUACAUGAUUCCAUAUGUGUUAUUUCAUAGUUUUGAUGUCUUCACUAUUAUUCUACAAUGUAGAAAAUAGUCAAAAUAAAGAAAAACCCUUGAAUGAGUAGGUGUGUCCAAACUUUGGACUGGUACUGUACAUCUAAUUCAUUACAUUGGGGUGUCGGGCAGUCACAUUAGUAAUAAUGAUUAAUCAAAACUGUUAUGUCAUAGUUUGCCUUUGGUCAAUGUGCACUAAAUCAAUCACCACCAGUCUGUUAUCUGUCUCCAGUCAGCAGCAGUGGAACAGAACAGCAACAAGCCCCUUGCUACAGGCUUAGUUUUGUCGCCGGGCAGAUUUCUCUCACUCAGUGAAGCGUCCAAGUCUAACUCUCAAUAACAAACCUCAGUUCACCCCAAUUCAGCUAUUUAAUAGUCACCAUGUUAAAUGAGCCAUAAAAAAGAAAAACAAGCUCUGUUCAUGGGUUUGGUUAUAGAAGCCUCGUCCCCAGGGCCCAGUUUUUCAACUUUUCCGUCUGGACUUCACCUAUCGGAUAGGAUUCAAUGCAUACAAAUAGAAUGAAUAGAGCGAACAAAUCAUUCACUUGAGUGGCGACUCCUGUUCAUUAUAUUUUUAUGCAUUUAAUCCUAUCCGAUAGCCGAAAUCAGGAUCGAUAACUUUUGAAAAACUAGGCCCUGGCUGUCAGAAGUGACUGGUAAUCAGAUUAGGUUGGCAGGAGAGUAAAUUAUUAAUUUGAUAGUGGUUAUUGAGUUGAGUUGUGCAUGUUAUGCAUAUUCAAUAAGAAGUUAAAGUUGUUUUUGGUUUCUAGUAACUUCUAUUCUCAGUUGUGUAUGUUAUACAUUUUCAAUAAGUCUAAGUCAUGUUUGGUUUGGAGUCAUUUGGAGUAAUCCUCAGUGUUCCUCAGCCAAAGCUCCUGACCAGCCUCUUCGUAUUGUCUAUGUGCCCUCCCAUCUCUACCACAUGCUGUUUGAGCUCUUCAAGGUACACCACCAAACAUUUACCUUCUUCUGUAUAAACAUUUAAUUACAAGUAUGAGGGAGCCUACAACAGAGCAUACUAUUGUCAGUUUUAUUUAUAUUACCUCAAUUUGAUUAAUAUUACUUUGUAAUUUUCUCAAGCAAUGGUUGUUUUGUUUCCAGAACGCCAUGAGAGCAACAGUGGAGACUCAUGAAAUGGCCCUGCAUCUCCCGCCGGUCAAAGUCCGAGUCUCACUGGGCAGUGAGGACCUAACAAUCAAGGUAAACACAGGUUCAGAGAGUAUUAACCGUCCACCAUCACAAUGAGACAUGACACAUUACAUUCCCAGGAGACAAAUAGUAGUGCAUGCACAUCCAACAGGCUUCUACAGAUGCAGGUUGGAAAUAAUACCAUGGGACAUGGAAGCCUACAGUAUAAUGUGUAUAUUUGUCUAUGAACACAUACAGUAGUACUAUAGAUUUCCUCCCGUGGUUGUUCUGUAGGUCCUAUAUGAUGAUAUUUGGGAGACAACAGGAAGAUCAGAUAGGCUGGAACCGAGAGUGGAACAGACCUUCUGUAAUGUUGUUGUUGUUUAUAGAUAUCAGAUCGAGGAGGCGGAGUCCCCCUGAGGAAGAUAGAGCGUCUGUUCAGCUACAUGUACUCCACCGCCCCCAGCCCUGUCGAUAUUGACAACAGCCGCAAUGCACCACUGGUAAGACCCUGUCCUGGUGCCAUUUAAACUAUAUAUAGUUGAGUGCAUUCGGAAAGUAUUCAGACCCCUUGACUUUUUCCACAUUUUGUUACGUUACAGCCUUAUUCUAAAAUUGAUUAAAUUGUUUUUUUCUCUCAUCAAUCUAGUCAUGUGCCUUUCACUGAGGAGUGGCUUCCGUCUGGCCACUCUACCAUAAAGGCCUGAUUGGGGGAGUGCUGCAGAGAUGGUUGUCCUUCUGGAAGGUUCUCCCAUGUGCCUUUUGCUGAGGAGUAUUUGUAUUUAUUAUGGAUCCCCAUUAGCUGCUGCCAAGGCAGCAGCUACUCUUCCAUAGGGUCUGGCAAAAUCCAUGUGUACGUGUGUGUGUAUAGUGCGUAUGUUAUCGUGUGUCUGUGCCUAUGUUUGUGUUGAUUUACAGUCCCUGCUGUUCCAUAAGGUGUAUUUUUAUCUUUAAAAAAAAUCUAAUUAUAUUGCUUGCAUCAGUUACCUGAUGUGGAAUAGAGUUCCAUGUAGUCAUGGCUUCCGUCUGGCCACUCUACCAUAAAGGCCUGAUUGGUGGAGUGCUGCAGAGAUGGUUGUCCUUCUGGAAGGUUCUCCCAACUCACAGAGGAACUCUGGAGCUCUGUCAGAGUGACCAUCGGUUUCUUGGUCACCUCCCUGACCAAGUCCCGUCUCCCUCGAUGGUUCAGUUUGGCCGGGCGGCCAACUCUAGGUAGUCUUGGUGGUUCCAAACUUCUUCCAUUUAAGAAUGAUGGAGGCCACUGUGUUCUUGGAGUCCUUCAAUGAUGCAGACAUUUUUUGGUACCCAUCCCCAGAUCUGUGCCUCAACACAAUCCUGUCUCGGAGCUCUAUGGACAAAUCCUUCGACCUCAUGGCUAGGUUUUUGCUCUGACAUGCACUAUCAACUGUGGGACCUUAUAUAGACAGGUGUGUGCCUUUCCAGAUCAUGUCCAAUCAAUAGAAUUUACCACAGGUGGACUCCAAUCAAGUUGUAGAAACAUCUCAAGGAUGAUCAAUGGAAACAGGAUGCACCUGAGCUCAAUUUUGAGUCUCAUAGCAAAGGGUCUGAAUACUUGUGUAAAUAAGGUAUUUCUUUUUUUAAUUAUUUGCUAAAAUUUCUAAAACCCUUUUUUUGCGCUUGUCAUUAUGGAGUAUUGUGUGUAGAUUGAGUACAAUUUUUUAUUUAAUCCAUUUUAGAAUAAGGCUGUAACGUAACAAAAUGUGGAAAAGGGGAAGGAGUCUGAAAACUUUCCGAAUACAAGGUAUACUAUAUAAAGUAUACAAUUAACCUAAACUACUGAAAGUGUAGUUUAACAACAAAUUGUAUAACUUGAUUUAAGCCUAUGACUUUGGCAGUUUGGCCACAUGUUAGAGAGACAUUUAUAUUUCAGUUGAAUCAAGCUCCUGCUGUUUAUUUUAUCUCAGCUAAAAUUUAAACCGCAACCAAGUCUAUACUGACUAAAAUGUAAACCGCAACCAAGUCUAUACUGACUAAAAUGUAAACCGCAACCAAGUCUAUACUGACUAAAAUGUAAACCGCAACCAAGUCUAUACUGACUAAAAUGUAAUCUGUGAGCGAACAGAAGUGAACACGGUUGUAAAUUAGCAGAAUGACAAACCGGACUGGACUGUUCAUUCAUUGCCCGGGGUUAUAAGUGUAACUGUGAGUGCUUGUCUCCUACUGUACUGUGACUGUUCAGAGUGAGUUUAACUCUUUGUGUCCCUGGCUCUGGUUCUCUGUAGGCUGGUUUCGGCUACGGUCUCCCCAUCUCCCGUCUCUAUGCCAAGUACUUCCAGGGAGACCUGCAGCUCUACUCCAUGGAGGGAUAUGGGACGUCAGCUGUCAUCUACCUGAAGGUAACACUUCUACACAUGGAAUUUGUUAGUUCAACAGUCUUAACUUGUUGUCUUGUUCUACUCUAAAAUAAUUUAACAUCUAAACAAUGAUGGCGUUUUUGAAGUAUGUAAAGGUUCAUUUUCAAUAUUGGUUCACGCGCUAAAGUAUGGCUCACAGAGUUAUAACUUAAGCUCAGAUUUCACUCUGUCCUAUUCAUUCAAAACAUACCGUUAUGUUAAACAUGGUUACCUAAUACCCAAUGCUCAUGUAAUUCCAUUACCCACUUAAAUAACAUCCAUCUGAUGCAUCUGAAUGUGGGUCAUGAUGGAAGACUCAUCAUGUGACCAGCAUGUGAUAGACCUUUGUCCUCAUAACCUAACUUACCACCACUCUGUGCUCCAUUACCAGGCCUUUUCGUUAUAUAACCUAACCUACUGCUCCACUCUGUUAUCCAUUACCAGGCCUUUUCGUUAUAUAACCUAACCUACCACUCGACUCUGUGCUCCAUAAACAGGCCUUGUCCUCAGAGUCUGUGGAAAGACUUCCUGUUUACAACCAGUCAGCCAUAAGGCAUUACCAGACGAGCAACGAGGCAGAUGACUGGUGCAUGCCCAGCAAGGAUCCCAAGAAGCUGGGGAAGUAUGAGAGGAGAAGUUAACCAAACAGACAGAGAGAGAGAGAGCUCAGAUAACAUGAAGAAUGGAGGAGGAGGAAGUAAGAAGAGGAGGAUGACCGAAAGGAGGGAUGGGAUGAUGAUUCAUAAUCACAAACUGACAGAAGGUACCCAGUUGUACCCACAGCUUUUGACCUGGUGUGUGUGUGUGUGUGUGU